GUUACCAACUGAUAUCCCACCAGACAAUCAAAAGCAUUUUAUUUGCAUGGGCUUUCUGCCUGCUCAACCGUCAUCAUGUCCUGGGCAGGAUUCAAGAAAAAUGUCAAUCGUGCUACUACACAAGUGAUGAUGAAGACGGGGCAUGUGGAGAGGACAAAUGAUCGUGACUAUGAAAUCGAAGAACGGCGAUAUCGGACCAUGGAGGCUGCUGCCAACCGUUUACAAAGAGAAGCCAAAGGCUAUUUAGAUUCGUUACGAGCGAUGACCGCUUCCCAGAUGAGGAUUGCAGAGACGAUCGAUGCCUUCUAUGGUGAUGCAGGAACGCGCGAUGGUGUGAGCAGGAGCUACAAACAAGCUGUAGAAGAUCUUGACGCCGAGACGAUCAAAGCUCUGGAUGGGCCAUAUAGAACCACCGUCCUCGAACCAAUUUCGCGGUUCUGUGCCUACUUCCCCGAUAUCAACGAGUGCAUCAAGAAGCGCAAUCAUAAGUUACUAGACUACGAUUCGAUGCGAGCUAAGGUGAAGAAGCUGGUCGAGAAGCCGGACAAGGACGCCACCAAACUUCCGAGAGCAGAGCGCGAGACUGAAAUCGCCAAACAAGCAUACGAGCAGCUGAACGAACAGCUUUUCACCGAACUCCCGCAACUUAUCGACCUGCGUGUGCCGUAUCUUGACCCUAGCUUCGAAGCUUUAGUGAAGAUCCAAUUGCGUUUCUGUGCAGAGGCAUACUCUCGCAUGGCACAAGUGCAACAAUAUCUUGAUGCGGAAACCAGAGACCAGUAUGCUCGGGGUGACUUGGAUAAUAGGGUAGAGGAAGUGUUGCAGGAGAUUCGUGAUUUGAGUAUAGCGGGGACUGUUUGAUCUUUGACUCUUUAGUAUCAUUGUUGGUCUUUUUUAUUAUUUGCACUUGUUUCCCGGAGCUGAUAUUAUCUUUGCUUAUUAAUUGCCUGUUUUAACUAUCUGAUAAGCAGAAAGAGAGCGAGAGAAGGAGGGAGAAUGAUAGCCACGAAGAAGACGACAAUGUCCCCGACUUCUUACGC